AGGCAAACCUAGGGUGACAUCCAUCCAUUCCAACCUGCACCCCACGGAAGAAAAGAUUCUCUGCCUCUCCUCUAGCCGUCUCGCUCUUUCCUCUCUCAGCCAUAUAGCCCGCUGCCCACCUGGCUUCACAUGCCACAGGGCCCUCCUCGAGCUAAUUGAGUGGGAGCUUGAAAAGCCCAGGAGUGCGUGUGAGGGACAGGGAGAAACCGAGACCAAUUUUCAUGCGAUUGCAGCGCGACCAGCCAGAUCAUCGUAGGAGGGAGCUAGUGGCUGGCAGUAGCUAGAGAUCGAUCGAUCGGAGUCGGAGCGAGCCUUUUGUUUGGAGAUCGAUUUGAUUGUAGAGGGAGGUAAUCGGAGAGGAAGAGAGAGGGUGAGAUCGAGAGAUCAGAUCAUGGGGCGCGGGAAGGUGGUGAUGCAGCGGAUCGAGAACAAGACCAGCCGGCAGGUGACGUUCGCCAAGCGCCGGAACGGCCUGCUCAAGAAGGCCUACGAGCUCUCCAUCCUCUGCGACGCCGAGGUCGCGCUCGUCGUCUUCUCCCACGCCGGCCGCCUCUACCAGUUCUCUUCAGCCUCCAAUAUAGUUAAGACCCUUGAGAGGUACCAGAGGUACAUCUACGCUUCAGCUGAUGCUGCGGUGCCGUCUAGCGAUGAGAUGCAGAACAACUAUCAAGAAUAUGUGAAGUUGAAGACACGAGUAGAGGUUUUACAACACUCGCAAAGGAAUCUUCUGGGUGAAGAUCUGGCUCCACUUAGUACUAGUGAACUUGAUCAGCUCGAGAGUCAAGUAGACAAAACCUUGAAGCAAAUAAGAUCAAGAAAGAUUCAAGUACUACUUGAUGAACUCUGCGACUUAAAGAGAAAGGAACAAAUGCUACAAGAUGCAAACAGGGCCCUGAAAAGGAACCUGAACAUGGUCGACGCAGAGGCAGCUCCUCCCCCACAGUUGCCAUGGCAGGGCGGUGGGGGCGCCAUGUUGUCGGAUGAGCCUCCGCAGCCAGAGCAUUUCUUCCAGGCCCCGGAGGGCAACCCGUCUCUGCAACUUGCGUUUCAUCCCAUGGACAUGAACCAGCAGCCGACGCCGGCACCGGGCGGCUGCUACCCUCAUGCGUGGAUGGCAUAGCAAGGGCUAUAUCUCUAUACCUGAUGUUUCAUUGAAUCAGCAUGAGAAGUGCCUGUGUCCUGCAUAAACUCCUACGAAUUCUGCUGCUGCUUUUGCCUGCCUCUUUAUGCUUGCAAUGCUUCCUUCGAACUGUUUAAACCAACGUGAUGGCCAUAUAUAGGUUGUUGUCUUCUGUUGCUCACUGCUCAGCUGCUUUAGAACUAGCUAUGCAAAGCGGUGUGGCCAUGCAUGCUGAAAAAAAGAGUUGAAUUGUUUACAACCUUGUUUGGUAUAACUAACACUUAUGAGUUUUUUUCUUCUGAAAAGCUGCUUAUGGUUUCUGAGAAAAACGGUUAGCUUAUGAGUAUAAUUUUUAAACUCUCAA